CUCCGCGCGCGGCCGCCGACCCAGCGUCCUGCAUGCCUGAGGCGCCCGCCGCUCGCUCUGCUCGCCAUGGCGUGGACCGGUUCGCGCAACGCCUCCGCCGCGCCCGCGUGGGAUCCCCAGACCUUCACCGCUGACGCCAACGCUUCGCAGGCCUUCACGAGCGCCUUCGAGGAGUACAGCAUGAUCGGCGACGUCGGGCCGAGCGCGGGCUCCGACUUCUACGACGUCGGGUCGUCCGCGGCGGGCGUGGGCAACGCUAGCGAGGGCGGCGUGGGCGCGUCCCGAGACGAGGCGCUGGUCGUGUGGGAGAUCAUCACGCUGGUCCUGAUCUUCACGCUGACCGUGUUCGGCAACGUGGUGGUGCUGUUCAUGCUGCUGGUGCGGCGCAAGAAGCUCACGCGCAUGUGCUACUUCAUCCUGAGCCUGUGCAUGUCCGACCUCAUCACGGCGUUCCUGAACGUGCUGCCGCAACUCAUCUGGGAGGUCACCUACAGGUUCCACGGCGGGGGCUUCCUGUGCAAGGCGGUCAAAUUCGGCCAGCUGCUCGGGCCAUACCUGAACUCGUACCUGCUGGUGAUGACGGCGCUCGACCGCUACCAGGUCAUCUGCUACCCGCUGUCCAACUGCUCGUGGACGCCACGCAGCUCCAAGAACAUGAUCUUCGUGGCGUGGGUGCUGGCGCUCGGCUCCUGCACGCCGCAGGUCUUCAUCUUCAGCUACCAGGAGGUGGCCGCCGGGACGUGGGACUGCUGGGCUUCCUUCAUACCGCCUUGGGGCACCAAGGCCUACGUCACGUGGUACGCGCUCUCCGUCUUCAUAGUGCCUCUCUUCAUCCUCAUCUUCGUGUACUCCUGCAUCUGCCGGACGCUGUGGGUCAACUCCAAGCUCAAGCAGAUGGACGACCACACGCGGCGGAGGCGCAACACGCGGCGGCCCGCGCCUCCUCGUCCCUGCGGCAGCAUCAGCCGCGCCAAGAUCAAGACCGUCAAGCUGACAGUCACCGUCAUCCUCUGCUACGUCAGCUGCUCGGCGCCCUUCAUCUCCGUCCAGCUGUGGCAUGUGUGGGACCCCAACGCGCCCUCGUCGCCCUUCUACAACGGCGCGGCGUUCACCAUCCUCACCCUGCUGGCGUCGCUCAACAGCGUGGUGAACCCGUGGAUCUUCCUGGGCUUCAACGAGAACCUGACGCAGCUCCUUCGGUCCCUGUGCGCGUGUCGCCUCCCUUCCCGGUGGGGCCGCUGGCGAUCCCCGACCUUCAGGAGCUCCGACAGCACCAAGAACUUCCGCCUCACUGUCUUCACCACCACCGAAGGGGACAACCUGACGCUGAGACGACCCUCGUUCAGCAACAGACUCACGACCACAUCCAACUGAGGGAGUCGUGGUCGUGGUCUGCGCUGUGCCGAGGUCAAGGGCGCAGGGAGGUUGAUUAUUGACCUUUUAAAAUGUUCUGUUGACUUGCUGCCCGAAUAACAUGCGAGAGUAAGUGGCAGAAGCGGUUUGCUCACGUUUACCUUUACCUGAAAAGCGCGGUUAGAGUAAAAGGAAUGAGUCAGCAUUAAAAUGAAA